AUUCAUUCAAACCUGGACAAAAAAAAGCCAGGCAGAAUCACAGGCUCUCGUGAAAUUCCCAUCGCCCCUCCUGCUCCUCGCCCAAUCGCCGAGACGCCGACUACCUCGCGCUCCCGCACGCCGCCGUGUAGAUCUGGACAUCUGGUACAAUAGGUGCCGGUGGCCUCGGACGCGCAGUGGUAGAGGCUUUUGCGGUGGCGGCGACGGAGGAGGAGACGGGGGAGCGAGCAGUGGCCGCGGGCGCGGGGUCUGUGUGCUGGGGCUCGGGUUCCGGGAAACCCUAGCCGCCGCGCGAUGGCGUCGUACAGGCCAUACGCGCCGCCGCAGCAGCAUCCGCCGCCACCGCCACCGCAGGGCGGCUACCCGCCGCAGAUGAAUCCGUACGCGCCGCCGCCGCAGCAGGCGCCGUACAACAGGAUGCCGGCGCCGCCUUACCACGCGGGGCCCCCGCCGCCGCCGCCACCCGGCCCGCCGCCACCUCACCAACCGCAGUUCAAUUUCGGUCCCGGGCCUCCGCAGCAGCCCCCGCCCCCGCCGCAGAUGUACUACCAGCCGCCGCCGCCGCCCUACGGCGGGACCAGCAACCCGCCUCCUCCUCCCCCUUCGGUGCCACCCCCGCCUCCGUCCCCACCCCCUGCGGCCCCGCCCCCGCCCCCUCCGCCUCCGGCCCAGCCACCGUCUGUCCAAGCCCCGCUGCCCCCAAAGGAGCAGCCGCCUAAGGCGACGCUGCCAAGAGUGGAGACGGAGGAGGAGCGUCGCGCGCGGAAGAAGCGCGAGUUUGAGAAGCAGCGGGUGGAGGACCGCAAGCAGCAGCAGAUGAUGCGCCAGACGCAGGCCGCCAUUCUGCAGAAGACGCAGCAGCGCGCUGCUCAGCAGCAGCCACAGAGCCGCCACCACCACCACCAGCCUCCGAGUGGCUCUCGGGCACCGGCAACUGGCUCUCGGGCAGUGGUAACUGGGUCUCGGGCAGUGGCAACUGGGUCUCGCCCAGCAUCAGCGCCUAAUGCUGAGAGGUUUGAGAACCGGCUAAAAAAGCCAACAACUUUCCUCUGCAAGCACAAAUUUAGGAAUGAACUCCCUGAUCCAAGUGCUCAGCUGAAAUGGCUGCCCCUGAAUAAGGAUAAGGACCGAUAUACCAAAUACAGGAUAACUUCAUUGGAGAAAAACUACAUUCCUAAAAUGAUUGUCCCUGAUGAUCUUGGGAUACCUCUUGACCUACUUGACAUGAGUGUAUACAACCCCCCAGAUGUUCAGCCGCGCAUGGCUCCUGAAGAUGAAGAGCUAUUGCGUGAUGAUGAGGUCCUCACCCCUAUUAAACAAGAAGGUAUAAGGAAAAGGGAGAGGCCCACUGACCAAGGUGUUUCUUGGCUGGUCAAAACACAAUACAUAUCUCCACUAAGUACUGAUGCAGCCAAAAUGUCCCUUACUGAGAAGCAAGCAAAGGAAAGGCGGGAAUCAAGGGAGGGUCGCAAUGCUUUCCUAGACAAUCUUAAUGAUAGAGAGAAACAGAUCAAAGCCAUUGAAGAAUCCUUCAAAGCAGCCAAGUCAAGGCCUGUUCACCAGACUAAACGUGGGAUGCAAGCUGAGUGGGUUAUGCCUUUGCUACCUGAUUUUGAUAGGUACGAGGAGCCAUUUGUUAUGGUGAACUUUGAUGGCGAUCCAACUGCUGAUUCUGAGCAGUACAACAAACUUGAGAGAUCUGUACGUGAUGAAUGUGAAUCCCGGGCUGUGAUGAAAAGUUUUAGUGUCAGUGGUUCAGACCCUACAAAACAAGAGAAGUUUUUGGCAUACAUGGCCCCAGCACCUCAUGAGCUUACCAGAGACUUGGAUGAUGACGAUGAUAUCCAGUAUUCCUGGCUAAGAGAAUAUCACUGGGAUGUAAGAGGAGAUGAUAAAGAUGAUCCUACAACAUACCUUGUCACAUUUGAUAAGGAGGAGGGUGCAAAAUAUUUGCCUCUUCCUACUAAGCUAGUUUUGCAGAAGAAGAAAGCAAAAGAGGGGAGGUCUGGGGAUGAAAUUGAGCAUUUUCCAGUGCCUUCCCGUAUUACUGUGAGUAAAACAGCUCAUGGUGGUACCAUGGAGCGCGGAGAAUCUUCCGGCUUGCAUGUGAAUUCAAAGCCACGAAGAUCUCAUGUUGAUGAUGAUCUUGAUGAGCAUCCAAAGCGUUCUCGAGUAGAGGAUAUUGACCAAUAUAGUGGCGAAGAAUAUUCUGAGUGAUGAACUGAUAAAUCAAUUAUCUCGCACCCACAAAUUUGAUCAGUACAUGUGAAGCCUUAAAAGGUUUCAUGCAAUAGGCACAAGUGGUUUUGUGGUGCAUGGUCAUGCAGUGAAAGAAAAUGGCUGACAGCGUGAGGAGCUCGGGGCUUGGCCAGUUUCUUCAGGGCAGAGUAUAUGAAGCAAAGCUGAGUGUAACUGGACUUCAAGACUUUGAUCUCUGUAGUGAUGAUAGAAAUAUCACAUUGUUGUAAAGAAGUUUUGUCUUUAAAGUCUUGGAGCAGUUCUCAACUGUUUGUUUUGAUAAUAUAUAGACCCCUGAUUUUGCACCUUUUCCCCCACUUCUCUUCUCCCCAAUUGACUGCAAGUACAACAAUUUGUUUAUAUUAUUAGGAUGGACAGGUCA